CCUGCGCUCGGUUCAGCCGCCGCUGCGAGAGGCGGGAGACGCGGGUCUCGGCCCGAGCCCGGCGGGCCAUGGCGGGCUGCGCGGCUGCGCUGUCGAGCUUCUUCUUCGAGUACCACACGCCGCGCAUCGUCCUCAUCCGCAGCCGCAAAGUGGGGCUCAUGAACCGCGGCGUGCAGCUGAUCAUCCUGGCCUACGUCAUCGGGUGGGUGUUUGUGUGGCAGAAAGGCUACCAAAUAAGUGACUCAGUCAUCAGCUCCGUUACCACCAAGAUGAAAGGUGUGGCCUUGACCAACACCUCUGACCUGGGGCCCCGGAUCUGGGACGUGGCGGAUUAUGUGGUCCCGGCUCAGCAGGAGAACGCGGUGUUUGUCAUGACCAACAUCAUUGCUACCUUGAACCAGAGACAAGGCACCUGUGCCGAGUAUCCAGAUCCUGAAACUGUGUGUACAUCAGAUGAUAACUGUAUUCCUGGCUCCACUGAUGUCCAUGGCAAUGGAGUGGCAACUGGAAAAUGUGUUGACUUUAAUGAUCACGUGAAGACAUGUGAGGUGAUGGCUUGGUGUCCGGUGGAGGACGACACUUACGUGCCCCGACCUGCCUUUCUGAAAGCUGCAGAGAACUUCACCAUGUUGAUUAAGAACCACAUCUGGUAUCGCAAGUUUAAUUUCACCAAGAGAAAUAUCCUUCCCAAGACUAACGCCAGCUACCUCAGGUCAUGCAUCUACGACGCCGAGACAGACCCGUUCUGCCCCAUAUUCCGUCUUGGCCAAAUUGUGGAAAGUGCAGGACACAGCUUCCAGCAGAUGGCCGUGGAGAUGACGCAACAGGAGAACAGGUGUGGGUGCCCAACCGCCGGGUCCGCGAAGUCAUACCCCCGUCGGAAACGACGCCUCAGGGGACGGAGACCGCGGCGGAAGAAUAGGACCGUCGGAAGAAAGAGGGGUGCCUUGAACAACGUCCUUAUCUGCCUGUUUGCCAUGAUCCAGUUGGCGACCCCGUCCACGGCUGCUCCUACCAUCUUGCCACCCCUGGCAGUGAACCCCACGCAUUGGGCCGUUACCCCGAAUCUCCCGAUGUUCCAGUUGGUGACCUGGAGCCAUGAGGCACUCCCACUUGUGGUGUCCGGCAAUGUGUCCAUCAUCACUGGAGGGUCUGGGAAGCCCCUCGCAAUAGUCGAGCGGCGGUAUAAUAAGACAUUAUCCUGGCAUGCAUGGACCCAGCCUAUUUGCGUGUUUUUAAAUGAGACUCAUAACGAAACAGAUAAUUUCUGCUUUCCUUUCUCUCAUUUAGAGGUUGAUCAGACCCCUCAUCCUUCUGACCAUCCAGGGUGGUUGUGGUUACAUCUUUCGGCGAUCACACAUGUGGGAGCUAAUUGCUCGGGGACGUCACCUUUGCCACCCUGCUCGGCCUCUUCAUCAGUAUUUGCCCCGCUAGCGUCGUGCUCUACAGGCAGGUGCAGACAGGGCCCAACAAAGAAUGCAACCGUGAUCAGCUUUUGGGACGGAGCAGUCCAACCUACCCUGGUUGCCCCCGUCCCGGUUCCCCAACCUGGGCGUCCCCAAACGCACCUAUGGAAGAUUGGAUUGGCUCUCAACUAUACUACAGUGGUUGUGGGAAACUUCUCCAACAUUCCGCCCCACUUAAAUCAUUCCGACAUCUGGAACAAAAUAUUCAGCUCUCCUCAUGGUCACUUUGAUGGCACUCCGAACACCGAACAAGGCCGCUUGACCGGAACAGUCCAGACGGGGUAUAAUUCCAUGUUCCUCCUAUGCCCUCCAAGGAAUUUAACCAUAACUUAUGUGGAAGGGUAUAAUGUGUCCUGUUCUAGCCCUGUCAUGACCAACACCCUAAACAGUUCUCAUGUUAACUUUACUAUCUUUCUCCUUCGCAUACCCCCAUAUACUGUUCACCCAGUGAAAGCUGACCCAUUUGCCUUCUCUCCCACUGACGAAGUACUGAAUAAACUCUUGCGUAGAAAGAGGGAAGGCCUGGGUCUUAGCGACAUACUAUCCGUCGUCAAUUUAGCCCUUAAUAUUCUGGAAGAAGUCCAGAUCAUCCGGCUACAAAAACAGUUGGCCUUCGUCGCCUCCACCUUGCAAAACUUUAUGGUCCAAUCGGGUCUUGCGUGGAAACACCAAGAACAAAUUGACCGCUUGCUGUUUUCAGAGCUACAGACCCUCAAGGAAGUCCUUGAAGUGGUCGUGCAGCAACAAGCCUUACUGAUUCGGUAUAUGAGGUUACAGUGCCAUUAUAAGUAUUAUCCUGUUUGUGUAACCCCUAUUCCCUACAAUGCCUCCCAGUAUGCACAAUUAGAGAGACUUCUUAAAGACGCCAACACUGCCACUAAUUUCACCACUGAACUCCACAUGCUAGAUGAGGUCAUUGAGGCCAUACAGAAUGCCACUAUGCAAUUCAGUAAUGAUUGGGAAAAGGACUAUAACAAUGCCAGAGACUGGUGGGACGCUCUCAGUAUCCACCAGUUACUCCAAUGGGUCUCCAUUGGAGGGAUUUUCCUCAUACUUGCCUUUCUCUUCUGUUUGUGCCUGCCCUGCUUGACUUCUUGUAUCCUUGGGGUUCUGUGCCGCUCCUUAGAGGCUGUAAAAGCCGAUGUCAUAAAACAAAAAGGGGGAGUUGUUAGGGGCGCUCUGGACCCAGGCCCCCCGAGAGGGUAGUGAGACGCCAGGGAGUCUGGACCUGCUGACAUGGCAAUGCCUGUGUGGCUUUCGCCACCUCAGCACCGGGGCGGCUCUUACUGGAGGAGCUCCACCCUCAGGGAGGAACUGGGAAGGAGCCAACCCGGAACACCCCGAUAGGAUAUAUAAAGCACGCCCCAGAGAGGGUCGGGGGGGAACUUCUAUCAAGCCAUGCAAUAAAGCCGUUUGCCUACUCCUCCGGUGUUCUGCCUGGUGUUUCUCCUCUCGUUUCCCCCGAGAGGAGCCGGAGACGUCCGAAGACCCAAGGGCAGGGUAAGUAGAGGCGGCGGUCGGGGUCGCCCCCGACACUUGGGCAAGUCACUUCACCCGUUUGCCUCAGUUUCCCAAUCUGUUUAAUGAGCUGAAGAAGGAAAUGGCAAACCACUCCAGUAUCUUUGCCAAGAAAACCCCAAAUGGGGUCACGAAGAGUCGGACACGUUUGAAACGGCUGAACAACAAGAAGGAAAACAGUCUUAACCACCAGAAAAUGGACUCAACCUUCCUCAUUGAUUUGUCAAGUCCUUAUCAUAUGCCUCAUAUGUGCAAGGCACUGGCUCCCAGCUGCAUGAUGUUGUAACUUUUUCAAACCGAUUGAAUGGCACUCACUGCUGCUUAUUAACCUGCUGAUUGGCAUGAGCAAAUUGAGGAACCCUAGAGUUGGUGAAGUGGCCAGGGGUCAGUUCUUCUAGCAUCCAUAGGGCUGUGCUAAAACAUCCACA